ACUUUCUGCACCCACUACCGACCGACACGGAAUCCUGUUCAUUUCUCACGAGACCGCCCCUCCCCCAACUGGCCCCUCCUAUUUACAGCUGUGCCCACCAUGGAUAACAACAUGGAAAUCGACACGGCGCGCUCGCCUGAGCCACAUCACCUUUCGCCCGUAACCGAUUCCGGCUCUAUACCGACUUUGGAUGGUUGGAUCGAGAGUUUGAUGACGUGCAAGCAAUUAGCGGAGGAAGAUGUGCGGCGGCUGUGCGAUCGGGCACGAGAAGUAUUGCAAGAGGAAUCGAAUGUUCAGCCAGUGAAAUGCCCCGUGACAGUCUGCGGUGAUAUCCACGGCCAGUUCCACGAUCUAAUGGAGCUGUUCCGCAUCGGUGGUCCUAACCCCGACACAAACUAUCUCUUCAUGGGUGAUUAUGUCGAUCGAGGCUACUACUCCGUUGAGACUGUGACGCUCCUGGUCUGCCUCAAGAUCCGUUACCCCCAGCGUAUUACGAUUCUUCGUGGAAACCACGAAUCCCGCCAGAUCACUCAGGUGUAUGGCUUCUAUGACGAGUGCCUGCGCAAAUAUGGCAACGCCAACGUGUGGAAAUAUUUCACCGACCUUUUCGACUACCUUCCCCUCACAGCUCUCAUUGAAAACCAGAUCUUCUGUCUGCACGGUGGGCUGAGCCCGUCGAUCGACACCCUGGACAACAUUCGAUCUCUGGACCGCAUUCAAGAAGUCCCGCAUGAGGGACCCAUGUGCGAUUUGCUGUGGAGUGACCCCGAUGAUCGUUGUGGCUGGGGAAUCUCUCCUCGCGGUGCGGGGUACACAUUCGGACAGGACAUUUCGGAAGCGUUCAACCACAACAACGGCUUGACUCUGGUUGCUCGGGCUCAUCAAUUGGUGAUGGAGGGAUAUAACUGGUCGCAGGAUCGAAACGUAGUGACCAUUUUCUCAGCACCCAAUUACUGUUACCGCUGCGGUAACCAGGCCGCUAUUAUGGAGAUUGAUGAGCAUCUGAAGUACACAUUUCUACAAUUUGACCCUUGCCCCCGAGCGGGCGAACCCAUGGUAUCGCGACGGACACCUGACUAUUUCCUGUGA